AUGUAUAGGGGCUAUAUUGCUCGAGGUGUAUACCAGCGAUAUAUAAAUUUGAAAAUCACUUGGUUUGGUAAUGCCAUUGAGAUACCUGGACUGGUUGACUUUGCCACCAUCGAUUUUACAUUUCUUGGUCCGGCCUUGGUUGUUGCUUUUGUCGAGAGCUGGUAUGAGAAAACCGACAACUUCCAUAUCUUUGCUGAGGAGAUCACAAUGAGACUAGAUGAUGUGUCAUGUCAUAUACAUCUUCUCAUUAAGGCACGUCUCCUGAACCACCCGAACAUCAUGAAUAAAGCUGCAGUCGUUAACCUGAAGGUUAACUUCAUUGGAUCAGAUCUCAUGGACGCUGCCUGGGAAGUCACAACUACCAAAGAAGCUCAUGCACAAUUUGCAUACCAGAAGUCAUUCCUUCAAAAACACUUUAGAGUUGCACAUCGAGCCGAAAGGGACGAAGAUGAGAUCAACAUUCAUAUGUAUUGGGACUACGUCGUCAUAAUGUACUUCCUAUUCCUUGUUGGCAGGCAGGCACCACCAUCUUCUCUGGCAAGAGCAAGAGCUAUGUUGAUGUCACCUUAUGUAGUACUUCUGAGACCUUGA